CUCUAGGUCGUGUCGGUCGUGCGGAGUCUGUCUGUGUUUUCUCGUCGUGCGCGACAGUGCUGCCAUUGAGCGGUGACUAGCGGUGAUAGCGCGGACUUGAACUGACUUGGACUAGCGUCUUUUCCCAGGAUUAAAGUGAAUUGCAAGGUGCGCGUGAAAAGUUUCCUGCAUUUCGAUGCAGGCUCUCGUGCUUCGAGUGAUGCUGGAGUGCUAUAGUGAUUGAAGAUUGAUGUUAAUAUUUGGAUACGGUGUAUUUCGUGAAAGAAUGUGAUUUGAUUGUUUUGGUUAUCACCUGUGCUGCAAGAAAAAAUAAACACGUGACGUUCGUUUAACGUGAAUUUUGGAUUCAAGCAAACCCAUACCGCAAAGGCGAAAAACCAUUCACAGUGCUAGUGUAGUGGCAAACCCCUCGUGAGUAAACACAACCCCACGCGUGUUACCGGUUGAGAAGACGUCGACAACGACGACGGCGACGACUCCCCCGGAAGCAGCCCAAGAGGAGCGCACGUUGGCAUUGGCGUUCGUUACGCAGAAACCCCGGAGGAACACCCGCUUCAAAAUUUUAACGGAAAACACAAAGGCGCCCCCUAGGGCUGUCGCGUUGGCGUCCUAUCUGGGGGACGGAUUCUCGGCAGUGGGCACCCGGGCCCCACCGGCGAAAGACCUGAUGGCGUUCGGUUCGGUGCUGCAGCACAACCAGCACAACAUAGGUCGGGGCGAGCCGCCGUCCGGGGUUGUGGACCCGUGUGCCGGAUGUAACAAGCCAAUCCUAGACAAAUUCCUGCUGAACGUGCUGGAACGGGGCUGGCAUGCGUCGUGCGUGCGGUGCUGCGAGUGUCACCAGCCCCUGUCUGACAAGUGCUUCAGCCGGGAGUCGAAGCUCUACUGCAGGAAUGACUUCUUUCGACGAUACGGUACAAAGUGUAGUGGUUGUGGCCAGGGGAUCGCGCCCUCGGAUCUAGUGCGAAAACCGCGUGAUAAAGUGUUUCAUUUGAAUUGUUUUACGUGUUGUAUUUGUAGAAAACAGUUGAGCACAGGUGAACAGCUGUACGUUUUAGAUGACAAUAAAUUUAUCUGUAAGGACGACUAUCUGCUCGGCAAGGGACCACAUCCAUCAACGAUGACAGAUUCAUUGAUGGGUUCGGCGUCGGAAGAUGAAGAUGAUGAUGAACACAUACGGUCAGGGUUAGGUAUAGGACCGCUUGGGCCGAAUGAAGGACCCCUCGGAGCUUCGGACCUGUCGGUGCAAAGUAUGAGUACGGAUAGUAAAACGGGCCACGACGAUAGUGACCAGGGUUCCCUGGACGGUGACCCGGACUGCCGGGGGGAUUCGCAGGCCGAAAACAAAAGUCCCGACGAUGGUGGCGGUUCGAAGCGAAGGGGUCCCCGGACAACGAUAAAGGCCAAACAGUUAGAAGUGUUGAAGACUGCAUUUAGCCAAACGCCGAAACCUACACGGCACAUUAGGGAACAGUUAGCGAAAGAAACGGGUCUGCCGAUGCGGGUAAUACAGGUUUGGUUUCAAAACAAGCGCUCGAAAGAACGGAGGCUCAAACAACUGACCAGCAUGGGCCGAGGGCCGUUCUUCGGGGGAGCACGAAAAAUGCGCGGAUUCCCGAUGAAUCUGUCGCCCGGUGGAUUGGACGAGCCUGGCUUUCCCUACUUUGCUGCCGACGGCAAGUUCGACUUUGGCUACGGCGGACCGCCGUUCCAUCCCCACGAUGCGCCCUUUUUCCCCGGUCACCCUGGCGCUGGACCAAUGCCUUUUAACGCUCCGGGAGGACCCAUGGACCACUCCGGACCGAUCCCCAUGGUGAGCGACUUCGGUGGCAUGACCCCGGAGACAAACUUCCUCGGCCAGCCAAACGGUCCCCCGGGUAAUGCGGCCGGCCUCGGUGGCCCGCCUGAGAAUAUGAUCGGUGGACCAAGGCCCGGCAGCCCCGAGUUCAUGACCUCCGGCAACUUCUCCGAACCUCAGAACAUGCAAAACGAGGGACUGGUUUGGUAAAAAUUACUGAACUUUUUUAGCAUUGUUAAGUGAUAGUUAAUUCCUAAGUAAUUUAUUUGUUUUUGUUAACUAUUUCCUAAACGGGUCGCGCACGGCCAGCAGAAUAAAGAGAUAGAUUUAUUACGUUUGA